AUGGCUGCCGCGUGCAUUUUCUGCAAGAUCAUCAAGGGAGAGAUCCCCUCGCUGAAGCUCUUCGAGAGCGAAAAGACGCUCGCAUUCCUGGACAUCGGACCGCUCAGCAAAGGACACUCGCUCGUGAUCCCGAAAUACCACGGCGCAAAGCUGCACGACAUCCCCGACGACCAGCUCUCCGAGGUGCUCUCGGUCGCGAAGAAGAUCGCCGUCGCGCAGGACCUCAAGGACUACAACAUCCUGCAGAACAAUGGCCGGCUGGCUCACCAGGAGGUCGACCACGUGCACUUCCACGUCAUUCCCAAGCCCAACGAGCAGGAGGGACUGGGUGUAGGGUGGCCGACGAAGCAGGCGGACAAGGGGGAGCUGCAGAAGCUGUUGGAGGAUAUCAAGAGUCGGAUGUAG